CAGUGGUCCGGUCCGAGUUGAUCGGAAUUUCAAACAGUCGUUGUUGUUGUUGUUGAAAUGAGUGCGUUCCAUUAGCUGCAGAAUUGACCUGAUACAACAUGGAUGCACAUGAGUGUAGUAAGCUAAGCGAUGACAUUUCAGCCCCACUGUGGAUGUUCUGGAGGCGUCGGCGUUACGUAGUGGUGUUCAUGACUUUUCUUGGAUUCUUCAACGUCUAUUCGCUGCGAGUAAAUUUGAGUGUGGCCAUUGUUGCUAUGACAGAGCUUCGGCGAUUCGAGCUAGAGAAUGGAACUUUUGAGUUUGAACGAGAAUUUGACUGGAGUUCUAGUGUACAAGGUUACGUUCUAAGUUCUUUCUUCUACGGAUACGUGUUUACCCAAGUGCUGGGAGGUUACAUGUCAAAUAAAUUCGGGGGUACAAAUGUUUUUGGAGUCGGCAUCGGAGUAACGGCAUUUCUUACGUUACUGACCCCACUGGCAGCCCGAGCAGGAGUUGGAUAUUUGAUUGCAGUUCGAGUUUUGGAAGGUUUGUUCGAAGGUGUGACUUUCCCCUGCAGCCACGCUAUCUGGUCUCGGUGGGCGCCACCCAGUGAAAGAUCACGUAUGGCUUCGAUUGCGAGUACGGGUGCUUUUGCCGGGACUGUCGUGACGAUGCCUUUGAGUGGAUUGUUGGUUAAUGCUCUUGGGUGGGAGAGUGUGUUCUAUUUUUUCGGUGUGGUAGCCUGUGCUUGGUACGUCACUUGGAUUCUGAUCGUAAGGCGAUCUCCGGAAGACGAUAAACGCAUAUCGGUUCGUGAAAAAGCUUUUAUUGUUCAAACAUUGAACCGGAACGAAGGAGAACGGGAAGAUGUGCGGCACCCGUGGAAACAGAUGCUAUCCUCCAGAGCGGUCAUUUCCAUGUCGAUUGCUAGUUUCACAGAGGAUUGGGGUUAUUAUACUCUUCUGACGGGAUUACCAACAUUCCUAAAAACCGUUCUCGGUUUUGAUCUGCAAGAAUCCGGUUUCAUCUCAGCCCUUCCCUACCUGCUGAUGGGUAUUCUGCUGAGCAUCGCUGGAUAUCUGGCAGAUUGGUUACAGAUUCGUGGCUUCCUGACGACGACCCAGGUUCGUAAGUAUUUCACCUGUGGAGGCUUUCUAACUCAGCUGAUCUGCAUGAUGCUCGGGGCGUGGAUUUUGAAUCCCAUCCCAACCAUCAUCUGUGUGACGAUUGCUGUCGGCAUGGGAGGAGUCGCUUGGAAUGGAUAUCUGGUAAACCCGCUGGAUCUGUCACCGAAAAGUGCCGGUGUGCUGAUGGGAAUUGCCAAUGGCUUUGCAACGAUUGCGGGAGUAAUAAGUCCCAUUGUCAGCGGUUACAUCACCACCAACAACAGCGAGGACGAAUGGAGACUGGUAUUCUACAUAACAGCCGGAAUUUAUGUGAUUGGAACACUGAUCUACUGGAUGUGGGGGUCCGGUCAACUACAGUCAUGGUCGGUGGAGGUCAGAGAGCAACGUAAAAAUCAGCAAAUGAAAGAGACGGGACAUUAGUUACUGAAAACGUUGAAAGCG